CGUUUUCUGGAUCUUCCCGCCGAGCUUCGCAUGGAAGUCUACAAGUUAAUGAUUCCACACGAUCUGAUAAUAUCGUUCCAACAAACAAUCAUAGAUGAGAAUGAUCCGGACGGGUUCGUCAUCGUAAGCGAGACAAAGAAGAGCAAGAACGCAAUCCUAUACACCUCAAACACAUACCUCUUCAUCAUAAACAGCCAAGCUCACUCCCCCCUCUCCCUCCGCUCCCCCCAAAUCUUCGGCCUCUGGAGCCACCCCACACACCUCCCCCUCCUCCGCAACCUCCCCACCAUCCACCUAUCCAUCUCCCUAGACCACUCCCCCGGCGUCGAGCACUGGACCGUCACCCGCCAACGCGCCCGCCUAGCCUACUUCGUCGAGAUCCUGAACCAGCACGCCAACGACAAGACCCGAAAGUCCCUCCUCCAACACCUAGUCAUAAACGUAUCGUGCAUCGCGUCCGCACGCCACAACCCUAAGACCCCGUCCCCACCGCUACCACUACCCUCCAUCCCUGUGGAGAAAUUCAUGUUCGCCCUCGAGAGCCUAGCUGCGCUGCGUGGUGUGCAGAACGUGCAGAUCACGGGCGUGCCGGACUGGUUCGCGCGGUGUUUGCAGCUGUGCAUUCGGGGCAGGGGAGGGGAUGUGAGGGAGGUGGUUUGGCCGGUUGUUGAAGUCGUGCGUAAGCGCGGGGUUUAUAGGAAGGCGAGGACGAAAUGGGUUACUACACGUAAGUGGUAUCAGCCUAUGUUGGAUUGGAGGGAGUUUGCUCAACGCAAUGGUGUUGUGAUGCCGGAUGGUGUUGAUGCGUUGUGG